GAAUCGCAAUUGCAUCCAUUUAGUCACUCUGUCUGCCUCUGUCUCUCCGUUCACGCGGAAUUGCCACUCCUCAAUGCCUCCGUCCUGCUCUUCGUCCUGGCUGGCUCUCCUAUACCUCACAGCUAGCGUGCCUAGUCCCGUGUGAGUGUGAGCGUGGGCUCCUCAACUGUGCUCCCGUGGCUUCUACGUGCUGUGUUUGUUUUUCCUCGCUCCGUGGGUGCCAGUAGUGUGAUGAGAGCGGUGAGGCCCCGAGAAUCAGGGAAAAGUAAACAGCGGCACAGCAUCAAGAACAACAACAAGGGUGAAACAUCACGGCGGUAAAGGCAAAGAUACACGGCGGCAGGGUAGAAAGGCACGGAACACAGCGCGGUAGAACGAUGUCGAACCCAUACGCUGUGCUCAAGGAGACGGCGCAGCUGCCGACGAUUGAUAAGAAGAACCAGGAGAAGAUGGGCAAGUCGAUGCAGAGAAGGAUCUCCAUCCACUACACGGAUGACUCCACCAUCAGAGGCCUGACGGGCCAGGCGCCGGCGUUACCUAACAUUGACCUGGAGCAGUACGGUGGGUCCUCGCAGCCGGGAGCUGGGGUGUCUACUGCGCCCAUGGCGAAGGGUGGGUCCCUUGAUAGUGCUGGGCGUAAGGAUUCAGGGAUGAAGACAGGUGUCCAUAGAGACAUCAUGAACUUGCGUGACCCGCAAGUGCUGAAGAUGUUGAGUGACCCACAGUUCAACGCCGAGCAGUUCAUCAGCGCAAGGUUGGCAGAUGCCACAGCGUCCGAUAUUGAGAAGUUCAACACGCAGUUGCGGUCUCUGAACAUCAACGUUCAGAACGACGUCAAGGCGACGGCGUUGCAGACGUUUGAGAAGCUGGGCGAGGUUUCUGAUAACUUGGAGACCACGUCUACAGAGGUGAAGCACUUGCGUAACAGCAUCAACGAUCUAAUGGAUAUCACUGUCCAGAUGAAGGAGUCUGCAGAACACACCGUUCAGCUGGAGAUGGAUCUACAGAACGAACUGACCAAGACCAACUCAAAGAGAAAGAAAAGAGCCAGGGAUAGAAGCAGUAUCCUCGUGUUGGAGAAGAUGUGGGCCUCGGAGAUGAACUCGCUAUUCAGACACGUUGAAGGUGCUCAGAAGUACAUCUCUGCGAUUCCAGGACGGCACAUUAUAGCUGAAAGUGGUCGUUGGCAAGAGCUCAACGCUGCGACUUUCAAGACGCUUCAACCAGCCCAUAUCUUUUUGCUAAAUGACUUGAUAUUGAUCGCCACCAGAAAGCGCAAGGUUCAGAAACAACCUUUGGAUGAUAAACAGCAGCUUUUGGUUGCUUCACAAUGCUGGCCGUUGAGAGAGGCCCAUCUGACAGAACUCAAGUUGCAGAACUCCAGUAAGGACACAUAUGCCAUCAACAUCAAGUAUAACUCGUUGAGUUACGUUUAUCAAACCGAUCGUUUGGACCACUACACGAAGGUGCUGGAAGGUUACAAGAAGGCUAGGAAUGAGCUUCGUGACAUUUCUGAGGCUGAGAAUAUGAAGCAGAAACAGCUGAGAGACUCCAUGAACCUGUUAGCUUUGUCUGACACUGGUAACGGUACACAUCCGACUAGAAAUAGUUUAUCGAGAAACUCGCAAAUAAUGUUGCAAGAUCUCAGUACAAGAAUGCACAGUAGAUCAAGAAGUUUGGAUAACUCGAAUGUGCUUCGUAUGCUCAAGUCCUUGGAUGGCAGAGUCGAUGACGUCGAUGUCCAGAUCUUCCACGAAGAUUAUCAAGGCUCAGUGACCGCGUUGGAUGACAUUAUUAUCGAACUCGAAGCUCUGAGUACGUCGUGUACACAGGAUGAAAAAGUCUUGUACAACGUCAUUGAGUUGAAAGUAUGUGCUAAAAAGGACAAGAUCUUGAAGAUGUUGAUUAAAGGUUUGCGUCUGCUGUUCUUGUCCUUCUCUCGUAUCGAGAAGUUGAUUAAGGCUUUACUCGCUUUGAAACAGACUCAAUUGGCGGAGACUCUGUUCUUAAACAACAGGUCUUCCUUCAUCGAACUGCUUUUAGAUAGAGUUCCUUUUGAAAAGAACAUCAACGGGGAGCCAAAGACACAGGAUUACAUCGUCUCCCUUUCGAUUGUGAAGUUCCAGUCCAUCAAGACCACCAUUGAACAGUACAAGAAGCUGUUUGCAAAUGAUUAUCAGUCCCAGAGUUACCUGGUUUCCUGGGGUGUCGAGGAGUCAGAGAAACACAUUGUGCUUUUGAAGAGGAUCAUCCAGAAUGUGAAAAUCACUGAAACUCAACUACGUGAUGCGAUAGUCUCCAUCCACGGACAAGUUGAAUCUUUGAAAGAGGAAGGUUUGGACGUUGAAUACUUGCUAGAUGAGUUCUACAAGACCAUCGACACUGUGUGAUGGUGUAUCAGAAUUAGAAUAUUGUAUUUUACCCAUGUUAUAUAAUAGAGCAGAGAAACAAAAUUAACAAUGAACAUAACAGAAGUCUCUGUGCGCGUAUAUGUACAAGAUAACCUGUAUCAUCCUUGGAAACCAUCAUCUCAUAACCCCAAGUCCUCUUCAAGUGCUUCAAUGGCUUGCUGUCUCUUGUAUAUGAGUGUUCUCUCUUCUUCAUAUUUAAAAGCCCAAUCUUCAUACAGGCUUCUAUUGACAUCAAGGAUUGCUAAUCUGGUCUUUUCAAAGAGGUCUUGUUUGAAGCUCUCAACUUCUCUCAACCACUCUCUGGAGAUCCUGUUGAACCCCAUGAAGAUGCCUAAUGAGGCCAGCCCAACCAUCGAAUAGGUGGAGAAGUCAUAGACUA